UGAACAGAUGCUGGGUAGAGUGACCCAAUUAUAGAACACAUGACCAUCGGAUGUUGUUAGUAUUUCACUUACAAUAGCCAACAAACUAACGCAAAAACAAAAAUACGUUAAAAGGAAUAAAUGCAGGACUUUAAAGUUCGUUGAACCGAGGAGCGGCACCCGCCCAGGACAGUUCGCCUACGUCAACAGAAGUUGGGAUGCGCCCUGCUCGAGCAGAAACAUUCCCUGUCCGGUUUCCCCUCAGAACAAUUUAUUGGAAGUGACAUUUGAGGAGUCCGAAGGCACACGCAGACGUUCCCUGAAAACGUUCAAACAGCAAAUAUUUUCAGGUGAAACGUCAAACAUUUGAAGGUCUUCCUUAAAAAGUCAUGGUCCAGCGAAGGUGACAGAAUUACGCACGACUAAGAGACUUGGGACAACUUUCAACUUCCAUCGCAAAUGCGCUGAGAUGUACAGAAGAUGUUGGCGAGAAAGAGUAUAAUCCCGGAGGAGUUCGGCGUGCCGGGCCUCGCAUCGCGGAUUCACCGCAAACCCGUGUUCAGAGACCGGGUCAACAAAGCCCGCUUCAUCGCCAAGAGCGGCUCCUGCAACUUGGCGCACAAGAACAUCCGCGAGCAAGGUCGCUUUCUGCAGGACGUGUUCACCACUCUCGUGGACCUGAAAUGGCGCUUCACGCUCGUGAUCUUCACCAUGACGUUCCUGUGCAGCUGGCUUCUGUUCGCCAUGGUCUGGUGGCUCGUGGCCUUCGCGCACGGAGACCUGGACAGCAAAGCCAGCGUGGAACAGUGCGUCACAAACGUGAAGUCCUUCACCUCCGCCUUCCUCUUCUCCAUCGAGGUCCAGGUCACCAUCGGCUUCGGCGGCCGCAUGAUCACAGAGCACUGCCCGGACGCCAUCGCGGUGCUCAUCCUGCAGAACAUCGCAGGCCUCAUCAUCAACGCCAUCAUGCUGGGCUGCAUCUUCAUGAAGACCGCCCAGUCCCACCGCCGCGCCGAGACGCUCAUCUUCAGCCGGCACGCCGUCAUCGCCGUGAGGAACAACCGGCUGUGCUUCAUGAUCCGCAUCGGAGACCUGAGGAAGAGCAUGAUCAUCGGGGCGGCUGUGCGGCUGCAGGUGGUGAGGAGGACCACCACGCCGGAGGGGGAGAUCAUCCCCAUCCACCAGAUCGACGUGCAGACGGAGGGAGACGUGGCCUGCAACAGCGUCUUCCUGCUGGCGCCGCUCAUCAUCUGUCACGUGAUCGACAAGAACAGUCCCCUGUACGACCUGUCGGCCAUGGAGCUGCAGUGCAGUGACCUGGAGGUGAUCGUGAUCCUGGAGGGCGUGGUGGAGACCACGGGCAUCACCACGCAGGCGCGCACCUCCUACGUCACCGAGGAGAUCCAGUGGGGCCACCGCUUCGUUCCCAUAGUGACGGAGGAGGACGGUGUGUACUCGGUGGACUACUCCAAGUUCGGGAACACGGUGAAGGUGGCGACGCCGCGCUGCAGUGCCCGCGAGCUGGACGACAAGCCGUCCAUCCUCAUCCAGACGCUGCAGAAGAGCGAGCUGUCGCACCAGAACUCGCUACGCAAACGCAACUCCAUGAGGCGCAACAACUCCAUCAGGAAGGGCGGGGCCUCGGCCGGAGGGGGUGGGGCCAUGAGGAGGAAUAACUCUGCCCUCGCUGUACCAAAGGUGCAGUUUGAGGGCAUGCAGAGUGUGGCGGUCACAUGACACCAGCACCGGCUUCUCUUCCUGUUUGGGUGCUUGGGAGUUCCCAGCAUGCACCUCUCUGGCCCGGCGGAUGCAGGUUGUGUUCUCACCGCUCCUGGUCUAGUAGUUUAAUACCUUAAUAUGUAACCACACAACCUGUGAAACACUAAUCCAAAUUUAUGUUGAAUAAUCUUUGUGCUUUUCACCCUGUCUCGUCUGAACAAUGCUGUACUGGAGUCUGAAAAGAUGGUAUUGUAGCUGGAGAUCGAUGGUACUAUAGGUAGCGAGUUUCACGUUUCAUGCAUUGCUUUGAAGCGUCUGAAUUCUAUACACAUCAACAAACUAAAGACAAAUGUUUGAUUUCAUUCUGUUUAAUGUCUCACUGACCGAAAAAUAUGUUGCAUUCCAACAUGAAAAUAUAUAGUUUCAAGUGCCUCAAAUACUGAUUUUUCUACCCGCUCCGAUGUCCUUGUUUACUACUUUCUUUUUAUUAGAGCUAGGCUUUUGAGUUUUGUUAUUUUUUCUUAAACUGUAAUCUUACACAAUAAAUUAAACUUAUUGAACAUUU